AUGAGCAUAGUGACCAUGGAGAGUUUAUCGUUAUAUCUGGUGGCCGUGGGGUCAGCGGCGGCGGUGGUCUGCCUCUGCGUGGCCGCGUGGCGGCGCCGCGUCAGGGAGGUCUUCCGUCAGCAGGGGAUCGACGGCCCUCCGCCGUCGUCGUUCCUGAGGGGUAAUCUCUCGGAGGUGCAGGCGAGGGCGCCGCAGGCCGUUGCGGCGGAGGACGGCGGCGCUGGCCAGUGGGACCUCCACAAGGACGGCUUCGACGACUACUGCAAGAUGAUCUUCCCCUUCUUCCACAAGUGCAGGAAAGCCUACGGUGACACGUAUCUGUACUGGCUCGGGCAGCGGCCGGCGCUGUACGUGACGGACCCGGAGCUGAUCCGGGCAAUCGGACGGUGCGACUCGUUAGACAUGGGCAAGCCGACGUUCCAGCAGAAGGGGCAGGAGCCCUUAUUCGGCGCCGGCGUCCUCAAGGCCAACGGCGCCUGCUGGGCGCGCCAGCGCAAGGUCAUCGCGCCCGAGUUCUACAUGGCCAAAGUCAGGGGCAUGGUGGGGCUCAUGGUCAGUGCGGCGCAGCCGCUUCUGCGCUCGUGGGAAGCCGCCGUCGACGGCGCCAAGGGCGGCAUCGCGGCAGUAGACGUCGACGCCGACAUCCGCAGCUUCUCCUUCGACGUCAUCUCCCGGGCCUGCUUCGGGAACGACCACUCCACGGGGAAGGAGAUCUUCCUCCGGCUCAGGGCGCUGUCCGGGCUCAUGUCCGAUCCCAGCGUCAUGUUCACCGUCCCGUCGCUGAGGUUUCUGCCGACGGAGAAGAACCGGAGGAUCUGGAGGCUCACGCAGGAGAUCCGGUCUUUGAUUCUGGAGAUCGCGAGAGGGCGCCGGGCGGCGACGGGGAUUUCUCCGGGCCCUGACUUCCUGCGGUCCAUCAUCGACAACAGCGGCGACCAGCCGCGGCCGGACGACUUCGUGGUUGACAACUGCAAGAACAUCUACUUCGCAGGCCAGGAGACGACUGCGGUCACCGCCACCUGGUGCCUCAUGCUGCUCGCCGCCCACCCUGAGUGGCAGGAUCGGGCGCGCGCCGAGGUGCUCGAUGUCUGCGGUGGCGCCGCCGGCGCCGCGGCACCAGACUUCGACAUGGUAUCUCGGAUGAAGACGGUGAGCAUGGUGGUGCUGGAGACGCUGCGGCUGUUCCCGCCGUCGUCGUUCGUGGUGCGGGAGACGCUCCGUGAUGUUCGGCUGGGCCAGCUGCUCGCUCCCAAGGGUACCUACUUCUUCGUGCCGGUCUCUACCAUGCACCACGACCCCGCCGCCUGGGGCCCGACAGUGCGCCGGUUCAACCCCAACCGGUUCCAGAACGGGGUGGCGGUGGCGUGCAAGCACCCGCAGGCGGCGUUCAUGCCGUUCGGCCUCGGAGCGCGUACCUGCCUAGGCCAGAACCUCGCGAUCGUUGAGGCCAAGACGCUCCUCGCCGUCAUCCUCGCGCGGUUUGCCUUUGCUCUCUCACCGGACUACAGGCACUCCCCGGCGUUCCGGCUCAUCAUCGAGCCGGAGUUCGGGCUGCGCCUCCUCAUACGCCGUGUCGAUGGUUUUACUUGA